UUCCCGUGCGAUCGGGCGGUUGUGGCUGAAUCUGGCCCCGAGAUCGGACGGCCGGAUCCGGUUUGGAGCAGACUUAAAUCGGAAGUUUCCUCUCCUCCUCCGCUCCGGCAGUUAUCGGUUGCCUUUGCCACCCUCGCCGCUGGGGUUGCCAUUAUGAGUUGAGUUGGAGCCCCGAUCUCAGCCCUUCUCGUCUCUUCUUCUUCUUCUUCUUCUUCUUCUUCUUCUUCUUCCCUGCCACUACCGCCUUCUCGCUCAUAACUUCCGCCGCUUGCUUUCGUUGGGGCUCUUCGUCGACCUGGCGCAGCAGCGCGGAGCAGAUCUCCUUCCAGAUUCCGGUCGGUUCCGGCGGGGGGAGGGAUGGUGAGCGCGUCGAGCCUGCUGCUUCCUUCGUCGAUGCGCGACCUGGCGUCCUGCAUCGGCGACGGCGCCGUGCGGGUCGCCUGCGCCAGCCCCGCCUCCACGCUCACAUCUGCCGGCUCCGGCGGCAGCGGCGGAGGGCCGGCGUCCACGAUCUCCGUCACGGCGUGCUACCGCGCCACGCUGCUGGGAUCCGGCGCGUCUGAUCCUGCUCCGCCGCCGCUGCUGCUGCGGCUCGUCUGGACGCACUCCCCGGUCGGGCCGACGCUCUCGUUCUCGCCGUCUGCCGAUGCGCCCGCCGUCCUCCUGCGGAGGCGCAAGGGCUCCCGCGCCUUCCCUCUGGAUGUUGGCGGCGGAAUCGGCGGCGGAGAUGCGGAUGGGGAGGCGGCGGCGGCGGGGGAAGCGGGGGAUUCUGCGCCGCUCGCGCUGUUCUGGGACCUCACGGCGGCGCGGUACGACCCCGGCGCAUCGUCCCCGGAGCCGCUGCACGGGUACUACGUGGUGGCCGUGGCCGGCGCCGAGGUCGCGCUCGCCGUGGGCGACCUGGCGGCGGAGUUCGUCAAUGCCAAGUUCGAGGGCCAGAUCUCCAAGGCGCGGUGCCUGGCCGUGGUGCGCCGGGAGCGCGUCCUGGUGGCCGACCCCGCCGCAAUGCACACGGCCCGCGUGCGCUUCGCGGAGGGCGGGCCGGAGCACGAGGUCAGCGUCGGCUGCGCGGCCAGCAGCUCCGCCGGCGCCGGGGAGGAGCUGUGGGUCAGCGUCGACGGGAAGCGGGCCGUGCAGGCGCGGCGGCUCCGGUGGAACUUCAGGGGCAACCAGACCGUGUUCGUCGACGGCGCCCCCGUCGACGUCAUGUGGGACCUCCACGGCUGGUGGUUCCGGGACCCGCCAGGCUGCGCCGUCGUCAUGCUCCGGGCAAGGAGCGCGCUCGAGAGCCGGCUCUGGCUGGAGGAGGAAGGCGCCGCCCCGGGCUUCUCUCUGGUCGUGCAGGCCUUCAGGACGCCGCCUUGAUCCCCCCAUGAGGUCCCGUCCAUUUGCUCACUCCUCUCAUCUGGCUUACUCUACCUGCCCUUUCACAGAAGAAGAAACAUCCAUGGAAUUCAGCAAACCAAGAAAUCAAUCGAUGCUUGGGUGGCUGCUCGUUAAUUUACAGCUUUAGGCUUAAUUAUUCUGAAGAGGGACAAAUAAGCUUUUGGGAGGUGGAAACAUGAUCUUCCUGGGAUCAUUUUAGGUGGUAUACUGAGAUAUUGCUGCGAGAGAUAAUGUGUGUGUAGGAUCAUCAUCAUCACCAUUUCCCCCUUUUUUCUUCAUCCGAACCAAAAUUUUAGUGGUGUGUGCUCGUACAGUUAACAAAUAAUUAUACAACAUCUUAGAUGAAUUAUCGGUUCUGCUGUGCUGUAUGAUACCAGUAUCCUCACUGUUUGUUGCACAAUUGACAUCAAUCUUUGCCUCUUCC